AUGGAUCAGCUUCCAAAAUGUGAUGCAAACUAUGUUUCUCUCACUCCCAUAAAUUUCUUGACGAGAGCCGCCAAAGUUUAUGGCAAUCGCCUCUCUGUUGUAUACGAGGGAACCCAUUUCACAUGGCAGCAAACAUAUGAGCGUUGCCUCCGCCUUGCCGAUUCUCUCCGUUCCUUUAAUAUUGCCAAAAACGAUGUUGUAAGUUUCGGUGUUGGCUCCGAACAUUCCAGCUCUGUACGAGAUGCACUUUGCAGUGCCCAUGGCAGGGGGGUCAUCAGCGCCAUCAACACCAGGCUAAAUCCAGAUCACGUAGCCACCAUUCUGCGCCACUCAGAAGCAAAGGUCUUCUUUGUGGACUACCAAUUUGUGCAUUUGGCACGUCAGGCCCUCCAAAUACUGAUGACAAGUGAAUCUAUUUCAUCCAAAUUAGUUCUCCCUUCAGUCGUUCUCAUUGAUGACAUUGAGUCACCGACUGGUGCCAUUUUCGGUGAAUGGGAGUAUGAACAACUUGUCAGCAAGGGCAAUCCAGGGUACACCCCUUGCGAAAUCCAAGAUGAAUGGGACCCCAUAGCCUUGAAUUACACAUCUGGAACAACAUCAGAGCCGAAAGGAGUUGUCUAUAGCCACAGAGGUGUCUUCCUUGGUUCCCUUGGCAUAAUUAUUGGCUGGGAAAUGGCGAGCGAACCUGUGUAUAUGUGGUCUCUUCCUAUGUUCCACUGCAAUGGUUGGACCUUAGCGUGGGGCAUCGCGGCACGAGGUGGAACGAACGUUUGCCUACGCAAUACCACAGCUAAAGACAUGUACAGGAACAUUGCUCAACACAAGGUGACUCACAUGUGUUGUGCGCCCAUCGUUUUCAACAUCCUCCUUGAAGCAAAACCUGACGAGCGUAGACAAUUCACUUCUCCUGUCCAAAUACUUGUCGGUGGGGCACCACCACCUGCCUCGCUGCUUGAAAAGAUGAAACCGUUAGGAUUCCAUGUCACUCAUUCCUAUGGCCUCACAGAGGUGGGACCAGCCCUUGUGUGUGAGUGGCAGGCCAAGUGGAACAAUCUUCCAAGCGAAGAUCAGUCAAAAAUCAUGGCCAGACAAGGGAUUAACACAGUAGCUCUGGCUCAUAUGGAUAUAAAAGAUUUGAAUUCAAUGACUAGCGUGCCUUGGGAUGGCAAAACAAUGGGAGAAAUUGUUCUGAAGGGAAGCACUGUCAUGAAAGGAUAUUUCAAGGACCCAAAGGCCACUGCGAAAGCAUUCAAGAACGGAUGGUUUGCUACAGGCGAUAUUGGAGUCAUGCAUCCUGACGGAUACUUGGAAAUCAAGGACAGAUCAAAAGAUGUGAUUAUAUCUGGUGGUGAAAAUAUCAGCAGUGUAGAAUUAGAGUCGGUUCUUUACAGCCAUCCAAGAGUUCUGGAGGCAGCUGUAGUGGCCAUGCCACACCCAGUUUGGGGAGAAAGUCCUUGUGCUUUUCUUGCCAUUAAAAAGAACUCAGAAGGGAAAUCUGAUGAUGUUAAAGAAGCUGAUAUCAUUGCUUAUUGCAGGAAAAAGCUUCCCCAUUAUAUGGUUCCAAAGAAGGUGGAGUUCAUGCCUGGGUUACCCAAGACUUCAACAGGAAAAGUUCAGAAAUUCCAGUUAAGGGAUUUGGCAAGAACUUUUGUGGUCUCAGAGAAAUUUCCUAGCAAGAAAACUGCCCAAGGACAUCAGGCUCAGCCAGCUCGUGUUGCUUUGUCUCGUCUUUGA